UGGGAAUUCAGCAUUAGGUGGGGCCGCAGUCUGCUACUUUCAAUGUCGAAUGUUGCAUUAAUUCCUUCUUCCCACUGCAGCUUCUACACUAAAUGCUGUAGAUCGCAGACCUCGGCCGACUUUCAUAAAAGUCAAUUAAAUAAUAAGAACUCGCUAUGUGGUCCAGACAAGUACGCCUGAGGGAAAUAUCAGCAGUACCAGCAUUACGGAAUCGCACAUCCUCCGCUAUUCGGAAUCAACUGCAAAGACGGACAUUAAUCUCGGCGCCCAAACCCGGCGAUGGACCUCUGAUGGAGAGACGUCCGGACCGGGAGCUUCCAAGCAUAACCGGCUUCCGCUGGUGGCGCACCUUCCCCCUCUUCCUAGCCAUCAUCGGCGCCUCCAGCAUCGCCAUCUUCAACUACCAGAAACUAUCCAGCCCCGUCGUAGCCUCGACCCUGUACGCCCUGCGGACGAACCAGCGCGCGCGCGACAUCCUCGGCGACGAGAUCUACUUCAAGCACCAGAUCCCGUGGAUAUCCGGCGAGAUGAACCAGCUGCGGGGGCACAUCGACAUCCAGUUUCCCGUCAAGGGCACCCGUGCCACGGCCACCAUGCGCUUCGCCAGCCACCGCCCCACGCCCCGCGGCGUGUUCCAGACCACCGAGUGGAGCCUCGAGACCGCUGACGGCAGGCGCGUCGACCUCCUCGACGGCGACGACCCCUUCCAGGCGCUCCCCGCGCUGCCCAUGGACGAGGAGGAGCGCGAGGGAGCGGUUAGGGGGUUCAGGCAGCAGAUUAAGUAAAGGGGGGAAGGGAAUAUACUGAAAAAAAAAAACUCCCCCCCUUUUCUGCUUGGGUGCUUUUCAAAAAAGGAGUGUCGCGAUUAUGGAAUGUAAAGCCUCAUAUCAAAAUAGCCCCCAUGAGGCGUGAGGUCAUGUGGCAUGAAUAUACUUGCCAAGAGUCGAAGUACGAACCGCAGAAAGCCUCGCAUGAACCCAGACUAGUAGUUCUUC